AUGGCAAUGGCAGUGAGGCUGGGCAAAGGAAGUGGCUUUGGGGAGAUAAAUGGGGUGGACAGUAUUAACCAGGUAAGGCAUGCAGCUGUGGGGAUAGGACCUGAGGGAGAAGGGUGCCACAUGCAUCCAAAUGCUUCUCAUAGGAAAGGAUUGAAUUGAGAUUUACUCGGUCAGUGCAGCAAUAGCGCCUCUAGUGGCUGGAAGACACAAUGUCAACAUUACAGUUUCUACAUUGCAGUGUUAAAAGGACAGGACUGCAGCACCAAGACAACUUCAUUGAGGUAUUACUUUAGUAAACCUGACAGUAAGCAAGUCUCCCCCCAGCUCAUAGUGUUAAAACUAAAUAUUAAACAUAUUCGAUGCCCUUUCUAUUCAUUUGUUUCUACCUCUAGCAGCACAAUUCAUUAUCCUUCUCAUGUAUAACAAGCCCUGAUUUGUAAAUAAUCGACCCCUGAAACAGAACUUUAUUUUUUAAUAUUGAAAAGAAAAUUGAUCUAACUAAAUCAUGUUUUGUUUUGUUUUCUAGAUCAAUGGAUCAGAAAUUGAGUAUGAAUUUGAAGAGAUUACAUUGGAGAGGGUAAGUCCUAUAUACUUUUUUUUUUUUACCAACAUGAAAAAAAAAGAUGUCAUAUUAACUUUUAUGUUAAGGCAAAGCUCAGAAAUCUACAGGGUGUAAGGCAAGACAUUUUUCUAAAGAAAUACUGACACGUUUCUCUGUAUCCGCACAACAACAAUUAGCUGUGGUCUUCCCCGAAUACCGCAUUUGUUGGAGUUGUGUCUGAAUGGGAAUCUUAUAUGAGACAGGGUUAGGGAAGAUAGUUGUGUAAGACCAGAUGUCAGUUCCUAUUUCGUGUAUCAAGUGUUCACCCCCCACCUAACCUCCGAAAUUGCAUUAAAGAAACUGAACAUUUUUUAUACGUUAAUAUAUAUAUAUAUUUUUUACAUUUAAUAAAAAAACAAAAUGAAAAAAUCUCCUUUAUUUACACCCAUUUAUAUCUGCUAGUCAUUCUCCCAUAUGCUUUUAUUUUGCACUUUGUACGAAUCCUCUUUUUAGUUUGUGUAUAUGCUGUCGAACUCUGUAUAGCAUUUAAUGCUCUCGCUUUCAUGCUUACACUCCAUUUAAAGAUGUUUAAUUAUUGCCGCCUUCUCUCUCCUUUCAUUGUUAACUCGGCAUACCCUGUAUGCUCUCUCCUGUAGGUCUUCUACUUUCUCUUAUUAUCUAUCAACUCUGUGGAACUUUUAUGCAAAUUUCCUUCAUGUCUCCAUAUAUUUUUACUCUGUCUUCCUUAUGCCCCUUUUCAUUUCGUAUUCCCAUGUUUCCUGCUAUUCUGUUAUUCUUGUUGUCUAGACUUUUUCACAGUGAGAGAUUUCAGUUCAGUCUAGUCAUUUUUUUCGAGACCCCCCAAUUGAAUCAGGAGAACAAAGCAAAGAGACAUUUAUAUGAGAUAUAGGAGAAGUUUUCCACCAUUUGGUUCAUAGAUCAACUGAGAAAAAGUAGCCUACAGAAGGAAAAACAAGAGAAGAAAUAAAAUAUUAAAUAUUUAUGUAUUAAAUAUUUAUCAUAUAAUGUAUAUAUAGAUUUUUUUUAAUAGUUUUUUGCUCAUUUGAACACUUCACAAUUGAUCUGUGAAUAAAUUCAACAGUUAAUGACCGUCACCUAGCCAUCAAUCAACUUUUUUCUCCAUCAUUUUCUCUCUAUUGUUGGUGCCAUGGGUGGAAUUCAGAGUAUUGACCCCCCCAAUAUGUUUGGCAUUCCUGGUUGAUUUAGUCCUCAAUCGGUUAUAUUUCAGCUUGGAAUUUGGCCAAAUGCCAUAACAACUUAAUUCAGCCAAUGCAGUUUUGUCCAAAAUCCGAGGUCCAAGUUCUCUAAAACCCCAAGUCCCUACCUUCCACAAGACUUUCUUGUAAUUCCUUGUAAGCCUCAGAUCCUCCUAAAAGAUUUUGCUAAGAUUGAGUUCUUUCCCUAUGCUGCCCACCAAGUGACACAUCUACCUUCAACUUUCUCUUGAGAACCCACAUGUACAAACAUCCCAUGCCCUUUCAAUAAGUGCCCUCAAUAAUUUUACGUUAUUUAAGUUGGCUACUGGCUAGUAAUUUAAUAUGGUCAAAGCAUUUACUGCAGAUGGCUUCUUUGGAAUGUUAAUAAUUUUUUAUAAGGCAUGGCCAAGUUCUUGACACAACAUCUAUACACGUAGAAUUAUUAUAAUCCUACAGAGGCUUCAGAAAUAAAUUAUCUGAGUUCUUGGAAACUUUGAAUUAUUCUCUGUGGGAUUUCUGAAUGGCAGAAAAUCUAUACAUAGUCCUUCUGGAUAAAAUUAUAAUGUGCUUGAUCUCUGGCUUAGAUCUGAUGCAACAUCUAUCAUUCUGUUUAAAAGGAAAUAGGAACAAUUAAUGGGCAUAAAAAAUGCAAAAAUCAAUUAGGAAAUGUCAUUUUGCACAUACUUAUUUACAUAAUAGAUGACAUAGCAUGUUUUAAAUAAAAAAAAAAAAUAUUAAAAAAAUAUUGAAUUAAAAAUUAACAGACUUUGUAUAGACCUCUUUGGUAAGUUCCCCAUGCAGGUUUAUAUUUAUGUAAAAUAAUGUGUAAAUUAUAGCAGAUACAUUCAGUACAAAAGUAACAGAAAGCCGCCUAGUUAUAAUGUAAAAAAAAAAACUAGGUCUUGUUACUGAUGUGAGCGAGGAUUGGUCACUAUGACAGGAGAACAGGUGAACCAGGGACCAGAAAGCAAGGCUAUAGCAGAGGGAACAAGUGAGUUUUGAAACAGUGGGGAAGGAUAGUAUUUAUAGUAUUACAGUGAGCAAGGGGCUAUAUCAGAAUCACAAAGUACAACGAUUAGCAAAAAAACAAAGGUACAGAGAGUGAAAAUGAUGCAAGGAGAAGAUUAAACGAACACUACAGGGUCAGGAACACAAAAAUGUAUUCCUGAUUCUAUAGUAUUAAAACCACCAACUAGCCCCCUGCCCCCUCACCCCUCCUCCCCCUUGCCAAUGUAAAUAUAGUAAAAUCUUACAUUUACUCCAGUCUGCUGCUGCUGGCUCUGCCCCUGAUCUGCCUGUUUGGCUGACAUCAUCAGAAGUGUUGAUCAAAAGCCAAUCAAAAUGCUUUCCCUUAGGAUUGGCUGAUCUUUUCAAUGAGUGAGUUCAGUUGUAGAGUUAGCACAAGCCAAACACAGCCCUGCCCAGUCAACAAUUCCUCACAGAGAUACAUUGAAUCAAUGCAUCUCUAUAAGGAAAGCUCAGUGUCUCCAUGCAGAGGGUAGAGACACUGAAUGUCAGUCACACUGUGCAGCACUGCCCCAAGAAGCACCUCUGGUAGCCAUAUGAGGAGUGGCCAGUGGAGGUAUCCCUAGGCUGUAAUGUAAGCACUGCAUUUUCUCUGAAAAGACAAAGUUUACAGCAAAAAGCCUGAAGGGAAUGAGUCUGUAGUUGUUCUGGUGACUAUAGUGCAUUUCUUGAAUGCUAAGAAUUAAAUGCUUAGAAGUGAGAAUAUAUUUCUAAUAAUUGCAAAGAGUCAAAUUCACUUACUAAAGUUUUGUGAGAAUUUUUUUUUGCUCCAAUAUAAACCUGCCCUUUAGAUGCAUAAAUUCAUAAGGGAGGAGAACAUUGGUUGCAGCAGACAUUAGAAAGCUACUAUUUAGCUAUAAUAGAAAAAAACACAGCAAUUUACUUGUAUGUUCCAUGAUAUUGAAAUUUUCAUUUUAGUGAUUGGUUUCCACAAUCAAUUGCUUCAUAAAUCUGUAACUAAUUAAUAUAUAACAAAUUCUUGGAGUAAGUGACUCUGCGUUAAAGUCAUGUAACUGGUGUGACUUGGAGUCCGUUAAUUGGCCAUUCAGUCUUAAAAUAGAAACCCACACAUUCACAAAAAUAAAUCUCAACAGAAAAAAAAGCAUCUAUGUAAUGUAACUGACAGAGAUCAAUGGAACAGCCAACACGUUCAUGUUGGUUCUAAUAAAGCUUAACCAUUUUUGAAUACUAUGCCGAUGUUGACAUUUUCGGCAGAAGCCUGCUUUUGUAUGUAUUUGGUACAAACUCUCUGGAAUUAUUACUUAACUGAUGUUCUUUCUUUUCUACUGUAAACGUGAAAUAAACAAGUAAAAAAGAUACGGUACUUCUAUAAAUACAAAUAAAAUACAAAAACACCAAUGUCCUAAUGGCAUGCAAGUAAUUAUUAAACACAGUCUUGCUGUACAAGACUCAUUAGGGUAACAUACAGUAUUAAAUCAAAUGUAACUAAUUCACAGGAGGGUUGUGAAUGCUCGGGGUAUGUUUUGUGCAGAAUCAUAAAAAAUGCCCAGAAGCAUUACAUACUUUUACUCUCGCAUAAAAUAACACCAUGAUAAUCUAAUUCAUAAUUCAUGUACAACAUCUUGCUCUCAUUAUAUGGUUUUAAAUAUUUACAUUUAUAUGUUCUCCUGUCUUUAUUGCCCUUAAAGGAUGAAUGUUAUUAAGGUUGCAUUUAUUCCAGACAUUCACAUCUGUUCAGCUAGUGCUAACAAAUAUAAUGCAUAUGUGAGUCUAAUGAAACAAUUGUGCAGUCUUAAUUAGCAAUAUAACUGCGGCACUAGUAUACACUGUAAUGAUUUAAAGGGACUGUUGUUGAGAUAUAUCUUUUUUUUUAACUAUUGGGUGAAAAAAAAUCACAUAUUCUGCUUGGUGAACGUGUAGUGGUUUGUAAAGUGUGCAUUCCUAGGUUGUCCCAAAUUAACAUGGGUAUUUUUUGUAAUGUAAUUUAUUCUUGACCUUUACAUAAAAUUAUAUCUGCAUAUUAUUAGAAGACACGUUGCAAAAACAUAUAUAGAAGUAAAUUUAAAAAUGCAUUUGCGUUAAACAUUAAACUGAGUUUUUUUUUAUUUGUUUCAUAUGAAUAUUCAUAAAGUUUAAAUUUAUGUUAGAAAAGAGCAAUUGGUUUUGGACUGCUAUUACAGCUGUCAAAGUGGAAAAACUAAUGAAUAGAUGAAAUCUAAACCUUCACUUUUAUUAAUUCAAUUGAAACGGGUAAAUUAUAUUUCAUAACUAAAUUUUAACACAAAAAGAUAAUAGUAGUUUUACUAACGAUAUUGUCAAAAUCCAAGAUAGUAGGGCUCCUGCUCGCAGUUACUAAUGUGAAAAGAAUACUAACUGGACUUAUACCCCUCGAGGACUCAAAGUACACACUGUCUACAUGAGUGCUGCAGAUUUUAAAUCUGCCCCCUUGUGGCUCUAAUGAGGUCUGAAGUAAUUAGCCAAUUAAAAUAGACAGCUGUAGUCAGUGGCGUACACAUGACCCAUGGGGCCCCGGUGCGAAAAUUGAUCCGUGGGCCCCCCCCCCUCCCCCCGCGCGCGCGGGCCGGGCCGCAACACAUGGCGGUGGGCACCUGGUCGCAGGGGUUUCAGGGGUGCGACCGCGGUAUGUACGCCAGUGCAUGCAGAUGCACACACACUUAAAGGACCACUCUAGGCACCCAGACCACUUCAGCUUAAUGAAGUGGUCUGGGUGCCUGGUCCAGCUAGGGUUAACCCAUUUUUUCAUAAACAUAGCAGUUUCAGAGAAACUGCUAUGUUUAUGAAUGGGUUAAGUCUUCCCCUAUUUCCUCUAGCGGCUGUCUCAUUGACAGCCGCUAGAGGCGCUUGCGUGCUUCUCACUGUGAUUUUCACAGUGAGAGCACGCCAGCGUCCAUAGGAAAGCAUUAUGAAUGCUUUCCUAUGUGACCGGCUGAAUGCGCGCGCAGCUCUUGCCGCACGUGCGCAUUCAGCCGACGGGAGGAGAAGAGGAGGAUCGGAGGAGGAGAGCUCUCCGCCCAGCGCUGGAAAAAGGUAAGUUUUACCCCUUUCCAGAGCCGGGCGGGAGGGGGUCCUUGAGGGUGGGGGCACCCUCAGGGCACUAUAGUGCCAGGAAAACGAGUAUGUUUUCCUGGCACUAUAGUGGUCCUUUAAAGGACCACUACAGACACCCAGAUCACAUCAGCUCAAUGAAGUUGUCUGGGUGUCAGGUCCUUCUAGUUUUAACCCUGCAGCUGAAAACAUAGCAGUUUCAGAGAAACUGCUAUGUUUCACUGAGGGUUAAUCCAGCCUCUAGUGGCUGUCUCACUGACAGCCGCUAGAGGAGCACACUGAACGUCCAUAGGAAAGCAUUGAGUAAUGCUUUCCCAUGGGCGGUUUGAAUGCGUGCGCGGUCUCAUUUGGAGCUGAGAGGCUGAGGGAUCCUCAGCGCCAAGGGAGUCCGGCGCUGGAGAAAGGUAAGUGCUGAAGACACACACACACACACACACACACACACUUACAGACGCAUACACACUAGCUAACAGACACACGCAUUUACUGACAGAGACACAGUCAGCGACAGACUUUCAUACAUACACACUCACUUACAAAACAUACACUCUCAUUGACAAACACACACUCAGUAAGACACACACAGUAACACUCACUGACACUCACUAGCAGACACACACACUAACACUCACUAGCAGACACACUAACACACACUCUCACUCUAACACUCUCACACUCUAACACUCACUCUAACACUCACUCUAACACUCACACAUGAUUUUUUUUUUUAAAUUUAAUCCCCCCAGCCUCCUUACCUUUUGGAGUGCUGGGGGGAUUCCCUGGGGUCCAGUGGUGCUGCUGGGCUCCUGGGCUGGUGGCCGGUCGGGCAGGCAGGCGGGCGCGCGAGGGAGCACUUUCCCCUGAGUGCUUCCUCUUCAGCUCCCUCGCGCGUAGGGAUGCCGGAGCGGAAGAUGGCGUCAUCUUCCGGCUCGGUAUCAUGGGUGCGCGAGGGAGCUGAAGAGGAAGCACUGAGUGCUCCCUCGCGCGCCCGCCUGCCCGACCGGCCACCCGGGGUCAGCAGGGCCAGCCUCGGGGGGCCCUGGCGUGGCCGCCUCCUGGGCCCCCCAGGGGAAGAGGUUGGCCCACUGUGUACAUACCGGGUCGCAGUGGCGGCCGGGCCCCCUGGUGGGCCGGGCCCGGUCGCAGCCGCGACCCCUGCGACCCUGGUAUGUACGCCACUGGCUGUAGUAUAUAUGAACGGACACAAGGCGAGACAGCCAAAGUCCAUUUGCAGCUGUAGAGACAAAAAUGUAGGAGUUUACAUAUAUAUCAAAAGCUGUAGAUUAAACUAAACGUAAAUUGUCCAUCAAAGUGAAAGUCACACUAAAUCCAUGGAUUCCGGACAUUCUGAAUCUCAGUAGGAUUCGGAAUGUCCGGAAUCCAGUUUAGGAUAGUUCUAUCUCCAGCAUCAAUCUCUAGUUUGUUAGGUGAAGACAGAGGGAAAAGGGGGAAUGAAUCCGUAAGAAUAAAAUGAAGACCUCUCUAAAUUAGCGAUCACUUCUUUGCCAUGCACUUCUAUGCAAUUUAGCAAUCUCUUGUUUGUCCUGCAAUCUCUUUGCAGCAUUGGGAAGAGGCCACCAUGAGCUGACACAGACACAAGUUGUUCACAGUGAUUUCUCCAAAAUGUAUUGCAUAUCACAGUCUAUAUUGUGUUCUUUUACAAGGCGUGCUUUUAUUCUUUAUCCAAUCACAUAGUCACACCUGAUCUUAAUGUAUAGCGAGGGUUUCGAAAGGUGGGUGAGGAGUUUGGACUUUCCUGCUGUUACUGGGCAGAUCAGCAGUAAGGAUUUAAUUAGGACUUUACUGCUGCUACAGUUAUAUGCAAACAUCAGUAAGGGGGUAGGAGGUGUAAAGUCCAAGCUUGCAAGCAACCAGAAAACUUACUAUGCUAAAACUUUGAAACAUAUUCUAGGGGUUUAUUCACUAACAUAUUAAAAAUCAAAAAGAAAAAAACUAAUUACAGUCCAUCAAUUCCCUCCUUUUUUCACAUCAUGAACAGCAUUAGGACAAUAAAAUACCUGGGCAUUUUGCCAUACCUCCAAAAUUAUAUGGCUUGCCCAGUAAUUUGGAGUCAGAAAAAAAAAAAACUACAUGACUAUACGAGCAGCUGAGAUCUUAUGAGUAGGUAUAGAUGUUGCCCAUCAAAAUCUAAGGUUUUUACCUUUCUCAUAAUAGCAGUACACAAACUCUUAAAUACAGAGAUAAAGACAUACAGCACAAGCAAGCAAACCACAACUACUUUAGCACCUAUAAAUAUCUUCCUUCCGAGGGAACCUAUCCAUCCUCCUAAGCAAAAAGUCAAGUCAACCCCAUCAAAGAAUCCCUCAUCUUGUUUUAUGUCUGCCACCUUUUGUCAUUUAGGUAUUUAUGAAUGGGGUUUGAACAAUAAGAUUAAAAUAGCACCUCUAUUUGAAAUUUCACCCCAUUAUUAUUCUCCUCAACAGUCCUCUUAACCAAAAAAGAUUAGGUGUACACUCAGUAUUGGAAAUUAAUGAUAAAAACCACCACUGGUGUGCAUAUGGAGCGCUUACAGAUUUGUUGACUCACCCAUAUGGGUUAACAUACAUAUGUAUGGAUCCUCUUAACUAGUCACAUAUUCCAAAGGUUCAAUCAAAUCCAUCAAAAAGAUGCAGCCAGGUGGGAGGUGAUUGAGGCUGCCUAUUAAAUAUUUUCUUUCUACAGUCAGCACACAUCAAAACACACGUUCUACAUCCAUGCUACAUCCCAAAAAAUGUUACCUAGUUCAGAAAAAGGAAAAAUAAGUAUUUCCAAAAAAAUAUAAAAAAAUUAAAAUCAUUUUGUACAAUAUAAGUUGUAUUCGAUAAAAUGGCUAAUAGCAGUGUGUCGGCUGACAGUAAGGCAAUGUAAGGUUUCACAUAGUUAUUAGUACUCCGAUUUAUUGCUGAAUUUUCAUUACAAUGCUCUUGCACCACCCCAGAUGUCGAGAGGGGCAUUAGACAGCACUUCACUUCCAGGUACUUGUGUGCAAAGCUCAUGUCCUCAUAAAUACAAAUCUCAGUUUCUUCGACCUGUAUGUGUUUUGGUCGAAGAGACACCAUUGCAAAAUAGUCAAUAGAGGGUUAGGUGAUUGGUGAGCAGUUCCCAAGGAUCAGGUAGCACAAACACUCCAAAAUGGUCUCCACAAUCAUAAAAACAUGCAUCAAUACGACAAGAACAUAAAAACAUCUAAAUAUAAAAAUAUUAAAACUUUCUCUACAUUAUUAAACUGUUUAAAAAUUCACUCGAAAUUACCAGAUCCUUCCUUAAUUACUUUGAAUCCUCAGUACUGGGUUCUUCAGAUAAUAAUUACCCUCUUCUUACAAAAACCUAACUUCUGACUAUUCCAUAGUGAUAAACUUUGCUAGGAAGAGAUUACCUAAACACACUCCUUUUUUAAAAUGAGAGUAUUAUUUAUUUAUAUCCUUUUUUGGGUAAUUUUGUUGAAACAUCUCCUAAUAAGAUCUUCCAGCAAAAUGCUUUUACUUUACCAAUAUAAUACAUUAAUUUCACAGAUUACAAUUGAGUAACUUCAGUAUAAUUCUUUUUUUAUAUUAAAACUACUAUUUCACCACUGCCCUUUGAUCAAUGAGGUACACUUGAUGAACCUUACUUUUUGAUAAAUCCAUCAUACUACCUGUGGUGUAUUACCAAACUCUAUAAAUUAUUAUGUACGCAUACACAUAUAAACUCUGGUCCGUCUACUUUAACAAAUAUUUAUUCAGAGACAAAACAACAACAACAUACAAAUAAUGACACACAAUCUAACUAACUAUACCACCAACAACAGCAACAACAACCUAACUAACAAUAACAACUACAUCUUAUAAAAUCCCACUCACAGUUCACCAUGAUAGAAAUAAGGCCAUGUCUGCUUAAAGGACUGCUCAGUAGCACAGCCAAGAAGGAACAGGGAGGAAUGGAGAUAGGGGGAAGUGGUUAUCUCUUUCCUGACUAGUAAAGGUAUUGAAUUACCAAUUAACAUUUCAAAAGGGUAAAGCUUAUCCCACUGUAAGAGCUUGGUCACAUGAUCCCAGGUCACCAUAUUAGUUUGAUGACAGAAUGUCACCACACUACCCAUCCCCCUUUUUUCUUUUUUGCCAUCCACAUAUUGAAAUGGGGUGGAGCCAAACAGGGAGCCCAUAACUCCAGGGUGCCAUAACUGGGCUAUUAUAUGACAGUAUAUAUAAGUCUGUGGCUGAUUCAUAACAUUAUUAUGUAUAACCUAAGAGGACAGGGCUAUUAAUUUGCUUUUGACACCUGUGUGUCAAGUAGUAUAAAGGUGUUUUUGAUAAAUAAACAUAAACUGACAAAAAAAAACUUUUGGGACAAUUAAUAAGGUUAUCAGGAUAGUUUGAUAUUAAAAAUGCAGUACUGAUAAUGAAAUACAAUAAGAAGUCUUGUACAAAAUAAUACUCCCCUAAUCUAGCACAUGGGUCGGACAAGGUACUGAAUCAAGAUUUGACUAGUAUCAUUUUGUGGGGCCCCCUUCACGUAAGAUGUAACAAAAAACAUAGUAGAUACAUAAAAUGGAUACAAAUCGGGGGCGGAGCCUGACCUUCAAGCAAGCCAGACGUGAAACGCUGGAGCUCCUGCACUAUUAAUCAAUAAAGGGUUAUUACACCUGAUUUACUAUCUACCGCAACCAAAUCUAAAUGCUACUGAAAGCAGGGGACCCCCGGGCAAGCUGUCUGCCACUUCAAACGAGGACUUGUCAUUUGUGGCCUGCUGGGAGUCCUGUUGUGGCCUGCUGGUAACGGAGCGGGGGAGAAACAGCCGAUCUUCCUGCACUCUGGUUCUGGACUGGGUUCGAUGGCACCCCUAUCCCCCCACCCCCCUUUGGACCGGUGGGGGAUAUCCCGGUUCCCUCGGAGCUGAUUAAGCACAUCCACAGAUGCCCACCAAAAAGAGAAUGUUGCAGUGACAAGUUAUCUGGGAUCUCAAAAUGGCGGACUCCCUCCAUUUGGACUCGAACAUCGCAAGUUCCACAAAGGGGGUGUGACGAGAGCAAUCUCGCCACAUUGCAUUGGAGAAGCCUGGCUGCCCGCCUGCUGCCUUUGGACUAUGGACCAGACUUUAUGUGAAUGUGUUAACCCAGAUAGCUAUGCCAUGGAGCCCAUUCAUGUAGUUAAAGACUUCGGCUCCAUGGCAAUUGAACUGUGUGAAUAGGAUCUGAGCGCUAUUCGGUAGUUUUGUGCGCUCAGAUCCCAGCUAUCUGGGGAUAUGUGAAAUGUCUGUGUGUUAUGUGUAAAAGGUGACUUUAUGUAUUUUAAAGUGUUUUACUGUCUUUGUGUCCCAUGUGCUCAAUGGAGUCUGCCUCUAUCCCUGGAUAAUUGGAUUACUUUCCCCAUUGUCCAGGAUAGAGGGCUCUGUAAAACCUGUUUGAGCCAGAUAGCCAUGCUGCCAGCCAGGGCCCAAAAGAUACUUUUACUAACUUUUGAACCCCUGGUCUGAUUCAUGCCAUUUUUUUAUAUGUUGUUCCCCUGAAUGGAUUGAUUGUGAAUAUGUAAUUUUAUGUGAAUGUGAUGUAUGGUUUUAGAGUUAUGAAAGUUGGGUAGAAAGUAUGUUUUAACUGUAUGUGUAAUUGAGUUUCCUCUCAGGAUAAGGGGAGGGAAUAUGUGGGAUGUAACUGUGAUGUGAUUGGUUGUUUUAUACCUCCCUGUGGGCGGUCCUGUAUUUGCAAGACUGUAAUAAAAACCAGGCUGGGUGUGCCAGCACCUCAGACCACUGCUUGACCCUCAACACGGAGCCUUGUCUCGUUCUUGGGGGGAUUCACUGUAUGCUGUUAGAGACUGAUUGCCAGGAGUGUAAACUGAUUGUCUGCUUUUCCUGUUCGUCUGCUAGCAGCUAUUUGUGAGGUUCCAGUUCGGGAGUUGGAGUGCUAUUUUGUAUCCAGUUCGGGAGUUUGGUGUUCUGCAGUAGCUGUGCCUGUAUCUCUGGAAAGGGGGCCGAUCGCCUAAACGGUUUUUACCCCUUGUGAGCAAAACGGUCCGUUACAGGGGGUUUCCCGCGACUUUGUAGCUGAAGCCAUGACACGGCUCGGCCAGAUCUUUCAACCCUUUGGCUUAAACUCCAGCAAUGCCUUGCAGCUGAGCCCAGGCAGAGAGUGAGGAGAGGCAGGCAACCGGGGGCACAGGGGCCUACUCAGGGCACAUCUACAGUGAAGCAACAUGUGCACCCAAACAUAAGCCCACCCAGGCUGAGAGCCACACAGGGCACGCAAGCCCUACAUCGCCCACAAGGACAGAAGAAUAACCACACACAGUGGCGAACAACAUCUACAUCCUCCGAUCACCCUAAGAAAGGGUCAGGCUCGGACUGUACCCACACAGAAUGCGACUCUCAUCCAGACCUGGGGCUGGAGAGGCACCCGAACCUGGAGUGAAGUCACCCCUGGCCGUGCAGCAAUUAUGCCACUUACUGGUAUCGCCUGAGGCUCAGCGGCAGUAACUUAGAGACACUGGUCACGAACACCCUUACGAGCACUGUGUUUCUAAAUUUACUUCAUGAUGUCACUGCAAUUUUUCGUUCCUUUUUCUUUUCUUGUCCUUGUAAGGUGGAAUAGUAGCCAAGUUAUAUAACCGAGAUUAAAAAUGUAUCUUACUGAACAAGACCAUGCUAAGUGCUGAACGCUAUUCGGCAUAACCUUUUGUGCUUAUACACUCUUAGAUGUAGAGAUGAACCUUGUCCAUAGUCAAGUUAAGCAUGUAUAAGGCUCUAAUUUGUACCAGACGUUUAAAUACUAGUGAGAUUCACACUACCUAUGAUAAACUACGUUUAAACAAAUCGCAAUAACAAAUUCUUGAUUGACACAACUAUACCUAAGGUCAAGCAAAGUUCAGAGUGUUUCUUGUAUUUACUCAUGUUUCUUACAAUAUAAAAAUUGUGCAUGUUCACUCUACUACCCCAAAUGUAACACUUGUAAUGGGGCCAGGGGAUUGUCGUUGGGGUACCUCAGGCCUGUAUGUAACUAUCCUAUGCACUGCAAAAAAAAUUUUUUUUUAAAAAUGGAUACAGAUCAAAGGUGACAAGCAAACACAUUCAUUGAUGUACAAACAAACCACAGCUAAUCCAAAAUAAGCUAAUAAAAAAAGCAAAUACAUUUCACACUCUGUGUCCUUUAGAGUAAAAAAAAUGGAACGUUACAAUAAGACCGCCAAGAUUUCUCCUGCACCUCCUCUGUGUAACUCCCUUCCCUUCUCCGGAAGACUUUCACCCAGUCUCCACUCAUUCAAAAAAUCAUUGAAAACUCACUUCUUCCAUAAAGCGUAUCAAUUAAACUGUUAGCGGGUUUUUAUUCCCCCACCCCCAUGACUCCUCUCCUGCAAGUGUCAAAAAUUACCUACGAAGGCCUCAGUGAAUACUUUUCUAACAACCUACUUCAUACCCCUACUUUAGCCUUUGUGUCACUAUACCCCACUCCCUCUAGAAUGUACGCUCAUUGAGCAGGGCCCUCCACCCCUCUGUUCCUGUACAUCCAGUUGUCUGGUUACAAUUACAUGUCUGUUAGUCCACCCAUUGUACAGCGCUACGGAAUCUGAUGGCACUAUAUAAAUAAUAAAAUAAUAAUAAUAAUAAGACAACAUUUAAGUUUUAAUGCUAUGGGCAUAUUAUUUUUAAAUGUUUUAUUAUUUUUACAAAAGGUACUUAGUAUAGAUUAAUCAAACUGCAGAGGAACAAGAAACUAAAAAAGGUAGGAAAUCUGAUAUUGGUACCACACUGUAGAUUAGACCACAGAGCUGUUAGAAUGACUUCAACUCCUAUUGCUCUGAGCAACAGUUAUUAAUAGGUUAUUAGGCUUGGAUUUUCGAUCUAUAGAUUUGGAACAAAUGAAUUCAAAUGUUUUUAAAACACAGUAGCAAGAAUAUUCCUCAGCAAAUGUUCUAUUUUCCAGUUAAACUGUACACUUCAUAAUGGUAUCUAAACCACACUCAUUAACACAGUCACCGUUACACACAGCAUGGGUAGCGACUUGUAAGGCUUUAUGUGAACUCUCAUUUAUUUUUAUAUAUGCCGGUCACUCUGGUAACGGAAAAUCCAUCAAAAAUAAUAUAUAUAUAUUUUUUUUUUUCUUACACUAGUCAAGCUUGAGAUGUUAAAAUCUUGACUAUAAAUUUAGAUUAUUGCAAUUAUGUUAGCCAAUGUUAACAAUAUUCAUAUUAAAUAAAUAGGACCAGAUGACACAGAACUGAUUUCAACUGAGUUCAUCUCCACUCCUAGACAUUCAACAUUUUUUUUACACUAGUGCGAUUUUAGAACAUAUGGCGAAGGUUUGAAUUGAACGGUCAGGUUGAAUGUCCAAGGGCUAUACAAUAGUCUGUGAUUUUCUGAUCCAGCCCCUGAGACCAAAACCUUAAACCCAACACACAUUGAGUCUACAGUUAUAAGGAAUAAAAAUCUCAGCAUCCCCUUAAACCAAUUUCACCCAGUUCACAGUGUAAAAGAACAUAUAAUCAAAAACACUCAGUGGUACCCCUUUUUCAGUGGUACUAAGUGGUACCCCUUUAUCAACCCAGGGUGUUUUUUUUUUCUCUUUCUAAAGAUGAAAAUACUAGUGGGCCUUAAUGACCACCCUAUCUUCUACCAACAUAUCUGGCAUUUAUUGCACCUUGGUAGAAUUGUGCCACUUCUCCAUUUCAUGCCCUUAAGUUCAAAAACUUUCUUCCAUCUUCCUCCUGCUGUCCCAGGAAGGGAGGGGGGAAAGGGUGACAUAUCAACAGUCAUAUUAUACAUUAUAUUUUGGGGAAGAUACGGUCAACUAGGCUCAGGGAUUACAUCAACAACUUAUGAUUAAUCUUGUAAAUAUUCUUAGAACUAUCUUGCACCAUAGUUCACAACUAACAAGGGAACUAUCAGCUUCAUCCGAGUCAUAAUAGCAAAUGUGAAGAGAAGGUAAAUAAUUGUAUUUGUAACCAAACCUAAAAGCAAUUCUUCCAUAUUUAGGCCCCCAAUUUAUGUUGCAAAAAACAUUCUUAUCUAUUGACAUUGUGAAGACUACUGAUAAGUGUGUGUUAGAAAAUUAUGUGACUGCCAUGACUAUAUCUUCACUUUUCAUUCUCCUCUUUAUUGAUGACUGGAGAUGGAGCAGAACAUGGCAUCUCAUGGCGAUAAAUGGGUAGAGCCCAACAAGUCAGAGGGCAGUGCCCCACAAUCUUUAAUCUUAAGUAGCCAUCACUGCAGAUACACAGGGAAGUGCUUCAACCAAGUAUUGUGAAUUCCAAUUCAUAGAAAACAGAGCAUUUAUGAGUAAAUCUAGUGGUAAGUCCUAAUUUACAAGAAGAGGCUGGAUCUACAUUCAUGACCCUACCAUGACCAAAUGUUUUCAUGAUGAUUGCUUCACAUGACUUAUGUAAACAUGACUUAUGUAAACAUAAACAAGCACAAAGUUAUCUGUGAAUCCAGCCCAACAUAUAACAAACUAUUAUUAUUUGAGAGUAUAUUACUUCGUAAGGAACAAAGCACUGGGUGACACUAAAAUGAUGUAUUUUCCCCCUUGUUCUGUGUGCAGUGAGCGGAGAGUUAGAGUGUAUCUCAUAACGUUAGACAGGGCAGGUAAUUGUGAAAAUAUAAGGCAAUCACACUUCUCUGCAAUGGAACGGUUAGGAAGAUAAAAUAUGUAAUAUUGCAAUUCCGAUUAUUAAAUCCCUGAUGUCCGAUCGUUCAUACGGCUCCAUAAACCUGACUGAAAAGAAAGCUUUGUUAUAGCUACUCCUGCAAAGAGCACCUGUACCAAUUAAACAUUAUGCUAGUAUAUAUACGCUGUCGGUAGCGUAUUACCAGACACAUAUUAUUUAUCUAGAAUCUAUCACAUUGCAACAGUAAUGUACAAAUUGUCAUGCAGCCAAUAACAGGAGACACUCGAGUUGCCAUGUCACCAUGUAUAAGACAUUAACCCAUAACUGACAAUGAGGGAACUGCUACAGGUGUAAUAUAAAUAUAACGUGUAUGAGUUCAGCUAUUUACAGCAAAAAUAAGGAUAUUCCCAGAAAUAUGUAGUCAUAAGUGCAUAUUUUACUAAAAUGGAACGAAAAGAAUAGCAUGACUACAUAUAGCUUAAUACUGUUUUUUAAAUUGUAAAAUGCAAAGGAGAUUAGAGACUCCCAGUUCUUCAUCUGAAAUAAUUUGAAUAGCGUUUAGCGUACUGAACAGAUAAACAAUUUGUAACUGUACCAUCCUAUGUGAUCUAGGGUGGAUGAUAGUACAUUAAGGUUCUAUUGAAUAUGGUUCACAAAGGAAAUUCGCUAUCAAGGGAUCAGCAAUCAUCACUACAGCUUGCACUAAAUGCAGAGUGAUAUAGUUUAUAAUAAAGUAAUGCUAGAGAGAUAAUAACCGUGUCAUAUUGUAAAAUCCUUUAAGAUACAAUUGUCAGUCUGAAAGACAUCGGCUGACAUGUUUAAUCUAAAGCAGUGUUAAGAUAUGGCAGCAAAGGUUCCAAGGGGAAUCAUAUUCAAAUAAAAGACAUGACAUAUGUAUAAAAGGGCAAAUUAACUAGUAAAGCUAACCUUUAUGGAAGUACAUAAAAUUAAAUCCUUGAUUAAUGUCAUCAGUUUAUGGAAUCAAAUAGAGUCCCUGUGGCAUUAGAUUUGUCAACAUUGCUUAUUCUAAGUGAAACCAUUUGAUGAUUUGGAAAAUAAAGACAUUAGGUAUGUUAAUGUGGCACAAAAACAAAUUAAACAGUCAGUACCAUAAUAAGUUUCUAAUGUGUCUAUAUAUACACAUUAGAUAGUAUGUGAAUAGGGUUUUGAUGUGAAGUUUCUUAAAACAUCUUUGAUGUACCCAGUGGGCCUACUGGUGGCUAAAUAUACAGUUUUGCUCAAAGGUUUGCCUACCCUUGGAGAAUUGGUAAUAUAUGUACCAUUUUUAACGAAAACAUGAGUGAGCAGGCAAAACACAUUUCUUUUAUUUCUUAUGGGAUUCAUAUUAAUCUGUAAGUUAUAGCAGAAUGACACAAUCAGAAAACAAAACAUGGCAACAAAGAAAAAAUGGUAUGACCCCUAUUCAAAAGUCUGCAUACCCUUAGUUCAUAAUACUUUGUAUUGCCGCCUUUAGCAUUAAUGACAAUGUGCAGUCUUUUGUAAUAGUUGUCUAUGAGUCCCCUAAUUCUUGCAGGUGGUAUAGCUGCCCAUUCGUCUUGGCAAAAUGCCUCCAGGUCAUGCAAAGACUUUGGUCGUCUUGCAAGAACCGCACAUUUGUGAUCUCCCCAGAGUGGCUUCAUGAUAGUAAGGUCAGGAGACUGAUGGCCACUGCAGAACCUUCACCUUUUUCUGCUGUAACUACUGGAGGAUCAACUUGGCCUUGUGCUUAUGGUCAUUGUUAUGCUGGAAAGUCCAAGAGCAUCCCAUGUGCAUCCUUAAUGCAGAAGAAUGCCAACUUUCUGCCAAGAUUUUCUGAUAGUAUGCUGCAUUCAUCUUGCCAUCAAAUUUCACAAGAUUCCCUGUGUCUUUAGAGCUCACACACACCAAAAACAUCAGUGAGCAACCACCAUGCUUCACAGUGGGGAUGGUAUUCUUUUCACUAUAGGCCUUGUUGACCACUCUCCAAACAUAGCACUUAUGGUUAUGACCAUAAAGCUCUAUUUUGGUCUCGUCACUACACAUUACCAUGUUCCAGAAGCUGUGAGGCAUGUCAAGGUGUUGUUGGGCAUAUUGUAACUGGGCUUUUUUUGUGGCAUUGGGGCUGUGAUGAGACCAAUCUUGCCACUGUGCAUUGGAGGAGCCUGGUUGCCCGCCUGCUGCCUUUAGACUAUGGCCCCAUGUUGAAAAGCUUAAUUUUCCCCUGCGGAGACACGAAAGCCGGGGUCAUUUGGUGCUGGCCCUGUUUGAGCAGUGAUACCCCAGAUAGCUAUGCCAUGGAGCCCGUUCGUAUGAUGAAAGACUAUGGGAAAGACUUUGGCUCCGUGGCAGUUGAACUGUAUGUUUGUGCUCUGAGCGCCAUUCAGUAAUAAUGUGCGCUCAGAUCUGAGCUAUCUGGGGAUAUGUUGAAUGUAACUGUUUUAUGCAAUGGCUGCACAGUUAUCUGUUUUUAUGUAUUUUAUUGUCUUUUGCUGCCAUGUGUUCAAUUGAGUUUUGCCUCUGUCCUUGGAGAUAAUUGGAUUACUUCCCAAUUAUCUCCAGGAUAGAAGACUCUGUGGAACUGGUUUUGGGCAGAAAAGUCAUGCUUCCUUUGGUCACAAAGGACUACGAUCUAUCUUUUGAACCACUGGACCAAUUUGGAUGAUUUUGACAUAUGUUUGUAUUUGGAGUAUGCUGAUUUUAUGUGAAUGUGAUGCAUACUUUUCAAGAUAUGAAUAAUGUGGAAAAUUGUAUUUCUCUGCUUGUGAUAAUUACAUUACCCAUUGUGUAAGAUAAUUGUAUCACAGACAGAGGGGAGGAUUUUGUAUGGGAGUGUCUGAGUGUAUUGUGUGUGUUUAUUGGUUGUGUUCCAAAACCCUGUAGGUGGUACUAAUGUGUAUAUAAGAACAAUAAACCCACAGCUCUGUCUAUUCCUACUUAACCUUCAAAACAGAGCCUUGUCUCGUUCUUGAGGGGAUUUAUUGUAUGCUGUUCCAGCUUGACUGCUAGGAGUGUAAACCUAUUCACAUGGUUUUUCCUAUUCGGCUGUUUAUAGCAUUCGUAUGGUUCCAGUUCAGCUGUUUACGUCAUUCACAUGCUUCUCCGGUUCGGUGGAUUGGUGUCUACAGUAACUGUGUCUGUGUCUCUGGAAGGGGAAGAUCUUCUAAACAGCGGUUUAACCCUUUUAUGCUGAGGGUGCCGUUACAGGGGCAGUAACAGCUUCUUUCUGGCAACUUGACCAUGCAGCUCAUUUUUGUUCAAGUAUCAUCGUAUUGUGCUCCUUGAAACAACCACACUAUCUUUUUCCAGAGAAGCCUGUAUUUCUCCUGAGGCUACCUGUGUGUAUCCCGAACAAUUCUUCUGGCAGUUGUGGCUGACAUCUUUCUUGGUCUACCUUACCUUGGCUUGGUAUCAAGAGACUCACGAAUUUUCCACUUCUUAAUAAAUGAUUGAACAGUACUGACUGGCAUUUUUAAGGCUCUGGAUAUAUUUUUAUUUCCUUUUCCAUAUUUAUAUUUUUAUAUCCUUUUCCAUCUCUAUAAAGUUCCAUUACCUUGUUGUGCAGGUCAUUUGUCAGCUCAUUUCUGCUCCCCAUGGCUCAGUAUCAAGCCUGCUCAGUACAUCCACGUGAGAGCUAACAAACUCAUUGACUAUUUAUACACAGACACUAAUUGCAAUUUAAAAAGCCAAAGGUGUGAGAAAUUAACCUUUAAUUGCCAUUUUAACCUGUGUUUAUCACCUUGUGUGUCUGUAGCAAAGCCUAACAUUCAAGGGUAUGUAAACUUUUGAUCAGGGCCAUUUGGGUGAUUUCAGUGAUUUCUGAUUUCAUUCUGAUUUUAAAAAGAGCCACACAACUAUGUGAUAAUAAAUGGCAAUUAAAUUAAAUGGCAAUUAUAUUGCAAAAAAAUGGCAAUGAAAUUUAAUUUAACUAUGUGAUAAUAAAUGGCUUAAUAUAAUCACUAUCGUUCAAUAAAAUAAAUUUUUUAGCAUGAUCAGUCAUAUUUUCUAAAUCAAUGCCAACAUUUCACAAUUUCUGCAAGGGUAUGCAAACUUUUGAGUACAACUGUAUAUUGAUCCUUACUAUAUAUAUAUAUUUGUGGUCGGGGACCACAAGCCAAGUUAUGUUAGGGGUGCCUAAUUCGGUUGUGGUGUGCCGAAACUGAUGUUCGGGUAGGCCUGUAAAAAGAGGGACCACCAGUUUAAAUGGAUAAUAAAUGGAGCUGUGGGUGGGGUGAAUCAGAGAGUCUCAGCCCAGAGGAAGGGGCAGCAUUUCCCUCUAUAGGAAAGUGUCACGCUUCGUUAUACACAUAUAUGAAAAAUAUAUGACACCGGCAGUUUUUUACCUCAAAUUUGAAAUCCUAAAUUUAAAAAACGCAGCAUUUUCUAAGACUUAACAAUUAAUCUUCCAACAUUUAAUGCUAAAAUUGCAGAUUAAAAAAAGAUAACCAACUCAACUUACUUAGGAUAAAGCUACGACCAUAAAUAGAGAGGAAUGCAGUCAACAACAUGAUAGUAUAAGGUAGCUAGAUCACAUUUUGUACACCUUGUUUAUAUUAUAACUUCUAUUUUUUUAUGUUUUGUUUUUAGGCUUAUGGAAAGGUUAGUGAAUGAGCCACAAUGUUAUGUUGCUGUUGGUAAUGUCCUUUUUACAUGACUGAAUACAAUAUAUCUUUAGAUGCGUGUCCCUGGUGACCCUUGCCUCCGUGCCCACUGAGAAAUUGUGUCUUGACUAUUGAUUAUUUGAUUUGAAUUUUUGUAAUGUAGGUAACUUGAUUUACUUAUGUAGAAUGGAAUAUUUACUAAGGCACUCUUAAUGAAGAUGCAGUAAUAACAUUUUUGUUUUCACAUUCCACAGGGUAAUUCAGGAUUGGGUUUUAGUAUUGCUGGAGGCAUAGAUAAUCCACACGUGGGAGAUGACCCGGGAAUAUUUAUUACAAAGAUUAUACCAGGAGGAGCAGCAGCUGAAGAUGGUCGACUCCGGUAA